GCUGGUGAUGCUCUGGAAAAAAUAUUAUAUUUUUGAUGUCUCCAUUUAAGUGUGUGGUAUGACUGGAAGUAAUGCAUUGUGAUCUGUUUUAUGUAAAAGGAGUCAUUAGAUGUUUGUCUUAAAUAAUCUUUUGCAGAAUUUCACUUUAAGAUGUUAGCAAAUAACCUAACUUUUUCAGCACCUCUAACAUCUGAAGGUUUGUCUGCUCUACUUAUUUACAGCGCUGUACUGCUUUGGAUGGAGAACCAAACCAUGGUGACUGCUCUCAAACAGCCGAUUGUUUUUGAACUCGAGGGCUUUGAUGUACAACCAGGCAACAGACCUUUCAUGUUUCUGCUGGCUUUGCUCGCCUACAUAGUGGUGUUACUGGGGAAUGGUGUGGUGAUCUGUGUUAUUAUGAUAGACAAGAACCUGUACAGACCCAUGUUUGUAAUGAUCUGUCACCUGGUGGUUUGCGAUCUGCUCGGGGCCACAAUGGUGCUUCCUCGUCUCAUGAUGGAUUUGUUGAUGGGGCUUAAGAAGAUUGCAUACAUCCCAGCCAUCGCUCAAGCCUUCUGUGCUCACACAUAUGGUGCAGCAAUGCUGACAAUUUUAAGUGUAAUGGCUUAUGACAGGUACAUCGCAGUGUGUGAACCUCUCAGGUAUCACUCCAUUAUGACCUCAGCUCGGCUGCACAGCUGCUGCGCUCUGGCCUGGAUUGUUGCCCUGCUGCUUAUCGCUGUGCUCUUCUCCUUCCACAUGAAUGUCCCAUUGUGUAGUCACACGAUCCAACAAGUAUAUUGCAGCAACCGGGGCAUCCUAAACCUUGCCUGCAUUUCCACUCCUGUCAGCAACAUCUAUGGUCUAGCAAUGACCUGGACUUUAAGUACAGCGACCUUCAUCCUCAUUGCUUUUUCCUACAUCAGAAUUUUGAGUGCGUCUUUAAAACAAGGAAGAACGGACAGCACCCUCCGUAGCAAGGCUGUUCAGACCUGUGCACCACACAUUGCUGUGUAUGUUAUUUUUCAAAUCGCUUCAUUGAUUGUGAUUGUGAGUUACAGGUUCCCGUCUCUUUCGCGAAAUAUAACAAAAUUCUUCAGCAUCCUUAUCUUUAUCAUUCCUCCUAUUAUUAACCCCAUCAUCUAUGGACUGGUCAGUAAAGACCUGAGGCGCAGCUUCAUCAAACAUUUCUCUACCCGAGUGAGAAAGAAAACUUAACCUUCUCACACUGUAGCUGGUGUUCUUAGUUAGUCUAACUUCUGUGUUGGAACUUAUGCUGCUUGUAUAUUCUGUAAAGUUUUUAUAGAUCACGUUUCAACAGGACAGGGUUCAGUAGGUAUCUGUGACCUCUAGAAUCCACAGAAACUGAGAUGAGGCUAGUUCAGAACUGUGUAGCUGAAUCCACUGCUGUUACACCAAAACCAAAGUGGCCACUGUCUCUUUGUGGUGUGUGUGUUAAUGUGUGUGCCCAGGUCUCCAUACUCACUUCCCACAGACAGCUCCAUAUAUCUUGCUUGAAUCCCUACCUGUGCUUGGUGAAUCUCAACCCUUUUAUCACUGAAACAUCACAGAGCACACCUCAGAGUAAAGGAUGCUCUUAAUACUAAUAACAUUCGUCUUGUAACUGUGCACUCUUAACA